AUGAGCGACACGUUCUGCCCGGACUGCAAGAAGCACACGGAGGUGGCCUUCGACCACUCGGCGGGGGACACGGUGUGCACCGAGUGCGGCCUCGUCCUCGAGGCGCACUCCGUCGACGAGACCUCCGAGUGGCGCACCUUCGCCAACGAGUCCAACGACAACGACCCCGUCCGCGUCGGCGGGCCCUCCAACCCGCUCCUCACCGACGGCGGCCUCUCCACCGUCAUCGCCAAGCCCAACGGCGCCCACGGCGACUUCCUCUCCUCCUCCCUCGGCCGCUGGCAGAACCGCGGCUCCAACCCCGACCGCUCCCUCAUCCUCGCCUUCCGCACCAUCGCAAACAUGGCCGACAGGUUGGGUCUUGUGGCUACUAUUAAGGACCGGGCCAAUGAAAUCUAUAAGAAGGUGGAAGAUCUCAAGUCUAUCAGGGGAAGAAAUCAAGAUGCUAUAUUAGCUGCUUGUCUGUAUAUUGCUUGUAGACAAGAAGAUCGUCCUAGGACUGUAAAAGAAAUUUGCUCAGUUGCCAAUGGAGCAACAAAGAAAGAGAUUGGUCGAGCAAAAGAGUUCAUAGUGAAACAACUGGAAGUUGAAAUGGGCCAAUCUAUGGAGAUGGGAACCAUCCAUGCUGGAGAUUUCCUGAGGCGUUUCUGUUCAACUCUUGGGAUGAACAAUACUGCUGUUAAAGCAGCUCAGGAGGCAGUUCAGCGCUCAGAGGAGCUUGAUAUAAGGAGGAGUCCUAUUUCAAUAGCGGCUGCUGUCAUUUAUAUGAUAACCCAGCUUUCAGAGGACAAAAAGCCGCUUAAAGAUAUCUCCUUGGCCACCGGAGUGGCAGAAGGCACCAUCAGGAAUUCGUACAAGGACCUGUACCCCUACGCCGCGAGGCUCAUCCCGAACUCGUACGCCAAGGAGGAAGACCUGAAGAACCUGUGCACACCAUAG